CCACCCUAGUCAGUUAAGAUGGUAGUCGUUACAGUAGUAGUGGAGGGACAAGUGAUGUCAUUGAUAUCAAUUUAGUUAAAACGUUCAACGGAGAGACAUAAGAAGAAUAGCAAUUGUCAUAAGUAACAAUGGCUGUGAGCACCGAAACUUAUCUUAUCGAUUAUUUUCUCGAUAUCAUUUAAAAAUACGUGAAUGUUAAACUGCUAACCAGUGGCGAACAAUUUGAUAAUUCAUAUUAAAUACACGAUCUUCCUUCUCUCAAUAACAUGUUCUUUCUUUGUUAAUCCUUCUACCCGUCCUUCUCUCUUUAUUCCUUUUGAUUCUUUCUCUCCUCUUUGUUUAUUCGUAUGCAUCGGGGUACCUUCAUUUUAUUACGAAUGAACUUUCCGAAGAACGAGAUUGCUUGUCAAAGAAAAUACCAGUCGAUCGUGGCUCAAUCGAAAAUUGCCGCGUUACUUCGUUCGAAUUAAUUGAUUCGGUAAUUAAAAGUACUACGAUAAGAAAUAUCAAGAAAUAUGCGAAGUUUGUAAGUUGAUAUUGUGCAAUAACUGUGAAGGGUUGCAACAAUGUCUAAGAAGACUAAUUGCAACAAAAUGUUAGUCCAUCAAUUGUCAUCUGUGUUACCUGAUGAUAGACCCAUCACAUCCAUAAGAAUUAUUGAAGAUAUAGAUAAAUGUCCACCAAAUUUCACAGUGGUAUCAAGAACAUAUGACCAAGACACAGAUGCCGAUUUAUGGAGGGAAAGUGGACUUUUCAUAAAAAAGAAAGGCAGAUAUAUUUGUUUUUCUAAGACUGAAGGGUUACCUCAGUGUGUGGUGGAAGACAUAGUAGUUAUUAACGAAAGAGAUUCUCCUCCAGAGGGAUACAGCAUAAUCUCUUAUACUGUUGAUUCAAUGCAGAAGGCAUGGAGGAAGAAGCAGUUGUGCUAUAAAAUUAGAAAUAAGGAUUUAUGUUCAAAAGCGGUUACAGAUAUUAUUAUAUGUAGUAGAAUUAUGAAUAAGGUUUAUACCUCUAAAAUGGCACCAAAUGGAUUUAUUGCUGCUGGUGUCAUAAAUGGAGUUUGCGUUUGCUACAAAACUGUAGAUAUUGUAAAUGGAAAUUCAAACUCACAAUCGUAUGUUAAUAUAGAUUUACUUCAAAGUGCUUCCCCGAAUCCAUCAAAUGGAACGCCCCACAGAGUGCCUCCCGAAAGGCCGCCAAAACCAAAGUUUUCACCAAAACCGACUAAUGGAAUUUACCCACAAAUUUCUGGGAGUGGGGGAAAGGAUUUAGACGAAUCGAGCGAUAGAGAUUAUGAGAUUCUAAGUCCCGAUGCGAAAAUUAAACCUACGAGACCCGCUCCGCAACCGCCAACAACUGUAGUUGCUGGAGCUUCAUCGAUUUAUGGUACACUGCCAGGAUCUUCAGAUUUGGAUGGAGUCCCAUUUGUUCUUAAUCCACGUCUUAAUGUUCAAUCUGAUUCUUCAAGUAAUAAACUGCCAACGAUCAAAGUUUGGACCCAAAAAGACUUGGAUAAGGAGUUCUUUUAUGAUUUCCGCGCGGAAAGAGAAACUUGAAGAAACCACUGUGCCAAAUUGUGUGAUUCUUCAUGCAAUUAUUCAGCUAUAUCUAUACAUUUGUAUUGAUAAUAUAGCACUAGCCAAGUGUAAUAGAGUGCCUGAACGAGUGAUUCAUACUAACCUGCGAAAAUGGAAUCCUUUUAACAUUUACUGGUGAGAUGUUCGAAUUUAAAUAAUGUCCAUUUUCUGAAGUACUUUUUCUUCUGUGUCCUAUUUAGAUUUUGAUACCAGUGACAGUUAGCAUUGUAUUUUUAUAGAGUUGCGUUGUAUUUUUAUAGAUAGUAGAAGUUAUAUAUAUUAUAUAUAUAUGAUUGUAUCAUAUGUUCUAGUUGUUUAUAAAUCGUCACAAAGUAUUUAACA